AUGCUGUUCCUCACACAGAUUCUCCUUGUCCUCCUGGCUAUCACUGUCACUGCAACCAGCCAGAGCUACGACUACAUAGUGGUCGGCGGGGGCACCAGCGGCCUUGUGCUGGCCAACAGGCUGUCCGAGGACCCUGGCGUCUCCGUGCUGGUAGUCGAGGCUGGCUCGUCGGUGCUCAACAAUGUCAACGUGACGGAUCCAAACCGCUACUCGAUGGCAUUCGACACGAAGCUGGACUGGGCGUAUGAGUCGGUCAACCAGUCGUUCGGGGGGGGUCCGCAGGUUCUUCGUGCUGGACGGGCUCUAGGAGGCUCAAGUGCUAUCAAUGGAAUGGCGUAUGUUCGCGCUCAAGACGUCCAGGUCGACGCGUGGGAGGCCAUCGGCAACGACGGCUGGACCUGGGAGACGCUCUUCCCCUACUAUCUCAAGAGCGAGAACUUCACCAUCCCCGCCCAGACCCAAGUGGACGCCGGUGCAACCUUUGAGUCGGCCGAGCAUGGGUUCCAGGGUCCCCUGCGAACUGCCUUCCCGCCGAUGAACGCGACGGGCGAGCUCACCCCGCUGAUCAACGAGACGCUGCACGCGCUGGGGAUCCCCUGGAAUCGAGACAUCAACGGCGGCCGCAUGCGUGGCUUCAGCAUCUAUCCCUGGACGCUCGAUGGGGAGAUCCGUCACGAUGCCGCCCGGGCGUACUACUGGCCCUUUGCGAACCGAGCGAACCUGCACGUUCUGCUGGACACGCGAGUCAACAGGAUUCUGUGGGCUCAACCAUCGAACACCACCACCGAUGAGCUCACGGCUUCAGGGGUUGAGAUCAGUCUGGCAAACACCACCUCGCACAUUGUGGCGAAGAAAGAGGUCAUUCUGUCUGCGGGGGUUCUUCGGUCUCCGGCCCUCCUAGAGCUCUCUGGAGUGGGAAAUCCAAGGAUUCUCGAGGCCUACGGUAUCCCCGUCAUGAUCGACCUCCCCACCGUGGGCGAGAACCUCCAAGACCAGAUGAACACCCUGAUGACCGCGUCGGGCGAGAAUAUCGUCACCGGCGGCCGGACAGUGACCUUCGCCACAGCCCAAGACAUCUUCGGCACGACCACUGCCUCCGUCGCUGCAGCCCUGUACGCCCAGCUGCCCGCAUACGCCCACCAGAUGGCCACCGCCAGCCACGACGCCAUGCCCGCCGAAGCCCUCCUACGUCUCUUCCACGUACAGCAUGACCUCAUCUUCAAGCAGAACGUGCCCGUCGCCGAGAUCAUCUUCAAGCCGGCAGGCAGCGACACCACCACCAUCAACGCAGGCUACUGGGGGCUUCUCCCCUACGCGCGUGGCAGCGUACACAUUGCCUCGGCCUCGCCCGCGGCCAACCCAUCCAUCAACCCCAAUUACGGCCUUCUCCCCUGGGACGUCCAGCUGCAGAAUGCCAUUGCGCGGUUCAUCCGCUCCGUCUUCAACACGGAUCCCUUACGCUCCUUCAUAAAAGAAGAGACCCUUCCAGGCCUGGCCGCCGUGCCUGGGAACGCUUCCGACUCGGUCUGGACGGAUUGGCUCAAACAUAACUAUGCCUCUAACUUCCACCCCGUCGGUACGACCGCCAUGCUCCCUCGCUCGAUGGGCGGCGUGGUCAACCCGCACAUGAAGGUGUACGGGACCGCAAACGUGCGUGUCGUGGACAACUCGAUCCAUCCCUUCCAGCUUUGCGGCCAUCCAGUGAGUAAUCUGUAUGCCAUCGCGGAGCGGGCGGCGGAUCUCAUCAAGGGUGAUAUGAAGGGUUGA